GAAAGAGAAUUCCCUUACCAGUAUCAUGUCCCAGGUCAGUAUUCGUGUGGGCGGUGAGUGGGUGGUGAAGAUGUGUGGCGACGGGAACCUAACCCUACGGGAAUUGGGACAGAGUUGCGCUCAUCCCUCUAAAACCAAGGGUGGCGCUGAUCAGCCCAGUUUCUGGGUCAGGAGGUGUGCUGAUGGUGCACUGCUGGAUCUGGACAAGCCAAUCGGAAAUGUGCUGCGCAACAAUGACUUCGUUGACCUUGUGAUGGACGGGGACUGCUGGUCACCACCAAUUGGUCCCGUGUUUGCUUGUGCACAAACAGAAUGGAAGGAACCAACAGAGUACAUUGCCCUGGAUGGGGAAAGCCUGACCACGUGCGACCUGGUCCAAUUGGGAAAAGGCCUUUUAAAGAUUAAGCUCACAGAGAAGGCUAUAAAGAAAGUCAACGAUGCCAGGGAUGUCAUUGAGUUAAUCAUCAAGGAGAACCGAGUCGUCUAUGGAAUAAACACUGGCUUUGGGAGGUUUGCUCAGACCGCCAUCUCAAAUAAUCAACUCAAGCAACUUCAGGAUAACCUGAUCCGGUCUCACAGUGCUGGUGUGGGUAACCCUCUGAGUCCUGAAAGAACCCGCAUGCUCCUCGCUGUCAGGAUCAACGUACUGGCUAAAGGAUUCAGCGGCGUUUCCAUGGAAACUCUCCAGGCCACAGUAGCGGCCUUCAAUGCAUCCUGCCUGUCGUGGGUGCCUGAGCAGGGUACCGUGGGGGCGUGUGGAGACCUGGCUCCUCUUGCCCACCUGGCACAGGGGCUGAUGGGAGAAGGGCUCAUGUGGUCUCCAGAGAGCGGCUGGGCCGACGCCACAGCGGUGUUGCAAGGCCACGGUCUGACUCCCAUCAACCUGAAGGCUAAAGAGGGCAUCGCUCUGAUCAAUGGGGCCCAGAUGAUCUCGUCUCUGGGUUCGGAGGCAUUGGAGAGAGCUCAGGCCAUCGCCCGCCAAGCUGACAUCAUCGCAGCUCUCACCCUCGAGGCCCUCAAAGGGACUCCCAAAGCUUUUGAUAAGGAUAUCCAUGCUUCGAAGCCUCAGCCAGGUCAGAUUGAGGUGGCCUUCCGCAUGCGCUCUGUGCUGCCCUCUGACCUCUACUCCUCUGAGAUCACAGGUGAGUGGGGGUCAUAUGACCGGGUCCAGGAUGCAUACACACUACGCUGCUGUCCUCAGGUGCAUGGAAUUGCAAAUGACACCAUUGACUUCGUCAAGAAGAUCCUGACCACUGAGCUCAACAGUGCUACAGACAAUCCGCUGGUGUUUGCUGAGAGAGGGAUUACUAUCUCUGGAGGAAACUUUCAUGGGGAAUAUCCAGCAAAGGCUAUGGAUUUCCUGGCUAUAGGGGUGCAUGAGUUGGCCAACAUCAGUGAGCGUCGCAUUGAGAGACUGUGCAACCCUUCCCUCAGUGAGCUGCCUGCAUUCCUGGUCAAAGAGGGCGGCAUCAACUCUGGCUUCAUGAUUGCACACUGUACCGCUGCAGCACUAGUUUCAGAGAAUAAGGUGCUGUGUCACCCCUCCUCUGUGGACUCUCUGUCCACCAGCGCAGGCACAGAGGACCAUGUCUCCAUGGGGGGGUGGGCAGCACGCAAAGCCCUCAGAGUAGUGCAGCACGUGGAGCAGGUGUUGGCCAUUGAGCUGCUGGCUGCCUGUCAGGCCCUGGAGUUCCGUCGCCCUCAGAAGACCACACCCCCCCUGGAGCAGGUGCACAAAUUGGUCCGGUCUGUAGUCAGGCCUUGGGAGAAGGAUCGAGCCAUGAGCCCUGACAUUGAAGCUGCACACAAGCUCCUGUUGGAGGAAAAGGUGUGGGAGGCUGUGAGGCCAUAUGUGGAGGAGUACAGGCAGAUGGAACUGAAGACAGCUCUGUGAACACCCAUAAUCCUUUGCAUGUGGAUACUGACUUCCAAGGCCUCCGUGAUGACCAGUCAUGCCAGUCGGUGGCAGCCUUGUCCAGUUACCACGU